UUAAAAUUUCUCUUCCAUCCCUUUCCCUUCCUUUCAACCAUUUCAGAUGAGCACAAGCCUCAGAAAUUGCUCUUCCUCCGUAGAACACUCAACCAGAUAGCAAUAUUUUCAACUAUAAGAUCAAAAUAAUCAGCUGCACGCAGCUGUUGGCUGUCAUGGGUUGUGAAGCUUGUUCAAUUGAAUCAGCAAACCCUAAUCCUUCCAACAAGGAAGAAGAUGAAGAAGAAGGCCCUAAGAGUUCUGAGAUGAGUUUGGGCAACAGUUCAGAAGAGGAAGGAGAGAGAAAGAUGGAGAGUACUGCAGGAUCUGUGAGGCCAUACAACAGAUCCAAAAUCCCAAGGCUUCGGUGGACUCCAGAUCUCCAUAUGUGCUUUGCUCGCGCAGUUGAGAGACUAGGAGGCCAAGACCGAGCAACGCCUAAGCUUGUUCUUCAACUGAUGAACAUUAGGGGACUCAGCAUCGCUCAUGUCAAAAGCCAUUUACAAAUGUAUAGAAGCAAGAGGGUUGAUGGAUCUGGCCAAGGUGUAGCCAAUGCAAGUGUCAUGUUCGAAGAGAAGCUUAGCUACCUUCCAAUUUUGCAUGGUUUUCAGCAUAGAUACUCAAACUUGAGGUUCAGCCAUGGAAAUUGGAAUCCUUACAAAAGAUCACCUAUGAUCAACACCUCCCACCAUCAUAAACAACUUGAAAGACCAAAAUCUAUUUUAGAAGCACAGGAGAUGAUCAGAUUAUGGAAGGAGAAAGAUAAUGAAAUAUUGCCAGAUCUGAAUUUAUCCUUAACCAUUAAUGCACCAAGCAAAAAAACAGAAGAAGAAGAAGAAGAAGAAGAAAGCUGCCUAUCUCUAUCCUUGUCUUCUCCUCUCUCAUACCAAGAAGUUCAGCAGAAAGGGCUUGAACAUAAGCGAAGUAAUUAA